AUGGAGAUCUUUGAUGUGAUUGAAGGAGCGUUGAAGGACUUCCAGCAAAUGUGGGCCGACAUCGGCUACACAGAGGAGGAUCAGAUAAAGGAGGUGAACGGAUUCGUAGGAUCCAUUACAAAGUUGUGCACAAACAAGGUGGAGAGUUUGAAGGAGGAGAAAGCACAGAUGAUGCUUGACGUCACCCACAGCAUCGACCAAAUCAAGAAACUUGCGAAGCAGCUUGACGAUGGCGAAGUGGAGCUUACAAUCUGGGAAGAUCUUGGCAUCUCGCCCGACGAGGACUCAGAGCUGGCUAAGUUCGCCAAGCCCCGCAGUGACGUCCUCACCCUGGAGCGUAUCGCCGACUACGAGCGGCUCAUUGCCGAAGCACAAGUGCUCAGGAGAGAACGUGUGGAUAAGGUGAACGCGCUCGUGGUCAAGCUGAUCGACCUCUGGAGCCUGCUCGAGGCGGCGCCUGCCGACGACUUUGAUGAAGCCGUUCUCGCGGGCAACAUCGGCCAUUCGAAUGAAGUGUUGAUGACCCUCGAUGCACGGCUGGAGAAGCUUCUAAUUGAGAAAGAGAAGAGGGAGUCCAAGAUCAGAGACUACGGCACGAAGAUCAACAAGCUGUGGGACAAGUUGAUGGUCCCGACCGACGAGCGCGAAGAGUUUUUCGAGCGAUCGACCCAGACUCUGGGUCCCAGCGCCAUCAGGAGUUGCAAGAAGGAGCUUGAACGCCUCGAGUCGCUGUACAGGGACUCGCUGAAGAUACUGAUUGAAGAGGCCCGUGUCACGCUCCUCCAGCAGUGGGACAGACUGCACGUCUCCAAGGAAGAGAGGAUCAAUUUCACGGCCUACGCCUCUGACGCUUUCACCGAAGCGCUCCUGACGGCACACCAAGAGGAAAUCGAAAAGAACGAACAGCUGCUCAGCACUCUUGACCCGAUUCUUCGGCUCAUUCACGACCGGGAAAAGAUCUUGAAGGAGAAGACCAGCUUCGAGCGGGAAACGUCCGACCCGAAGCGAUUGCUGUCCAAGGAGCGCGACCCGGGCAGGCUCCUCCGCGAAGAGAAGAUGAGGAAGCUUCUCGACAAGAAGCUGCCGCAGAUCGAAGCGGAGAUCGUGCGUCGUCUGGGCGAUUGGGAGACCGAGUCGGGCAAGGUCUUUAUGUAUGAGGGCAAGUCAUACCUGGAGAUGCUGCAGCUGCAGCUCGCGACCACCAACAGCAAGAUCAAGAAGAGGAAGCCUCUCGGCGAGCGCGACGUGCGAGACCUGCCCAGCAACCAGUCCUCGAUCCAGCCGUCGACCCCGAGCAAGAUCGCGCCUCCGCGCACUCCCAGGGCUGGCGUCAAGACGGACCUGAAUGCCACGUUCUGUCAGGGAACCACGCCCGGCCGUGGCGCUUCGGCCAUGAAGAAGCCAUUCACGCCUGCCCGGUCUGGCCAGGCGCCCUCCGCCAGGUCAGCCCUCACCCCACGGGUCGGAACGCCUUUUGCGAUGGACAAAAAGGUCUCAGCGUCGGCGGGCAAGAAGGCCGGAGCGCAGAUGACCGGCGCGAAGCACUCGCGGCCCGCGCUCACCACGCUCCAACUCAACGGCGCGCCACCCAAGAGCACCACCUCUGGAUCGCCGCCCAAGCGGCCUCGCCUCUCCUUUGACUGA